AUGGUGACAACCUGGCUCGUCCUGCUGAGUCUCUUGCAGGCGCCGGGCUUCCUCGGGCUGGCGUGCGACCCGCGCUGGCGCAGAGAUGCCGGCGGGCGCGGCGGCGUUUACGAGCAUCUCGGCGGAGCGCCCCGGCGCAGGAAGCUCUACUGCGCCACGAAGUAUCACCUUCAGAUCCAUGCCAACGGCAAAAUCAACGGCACCUUGGAGAAGAACAGCGUCUUCAGUAUUCUGGAAAUAACUGCAGUGGACAUUGGGAUUGUUGCUAUCAAAGGCUGUUUUUCCGGCAGAUACCUGGCCAUGAACAAAAGAGGCCGACUUUAUGCUUCAGAAACCUACAAUGCAGAAUGUGAGUUUGUGGAAAGGAUCCAUGAGUUGGGCUACAAUACCUAUGCAUCCCGCUUGUAUCGGACUGUGCCCAAUGGUACUAGCAGCAAACGCAAAGCUAGUGCAGAGAGACUCUGGUAUGUCUCAAUCAAUGGGAAAGGACGACCCAGAAGGAGCUUCAAAACCCGUAGGACCCAGAAAUCAUCUCUCUUUUUGCCUAGGGUGCUGGAUAACAAAGACCAUGACAUGGUCCAACUAUUCCAUACAAAUGCUAAGUACAGAGAAAGUCUAUUGAAGCCACUGAGUAAGAACCAGAGAAGAAGGAGAGGACACUAG